AUGUCGAGCGUUUUUUUCUACAGCAUUUAUACGGGAUGCACCAGGGAGGAUCAAUGUUCUGCCUCUUGCAGUAGCUGCGUCUCUUUAAUCAUAGGCCCUUUUUUACUGUGUAUCUUUUUUCACCGCCAAAUUGUCAUUUCGAAGGCGGCUGACAUUGAAGAAGUACUGCUGCGGCAGAAGUCAAUUUUUGGUAAACGUUCCGGCCACGAUUUGUUGCGUGUUGUCAUUGGAAAUGGUUUACUGGCGAUGGGAGAUAAAGAGAAACAUCAAGAGCACCGUCACAUCUUUGAACCUGUCUUGUGUUCCACAAAUGUUAAGGGAAUGGGGAAUGAGGUCAUGCGUGUGCAUAUGCUUAAUUUGCUAGGUACUUUAUUUGAGCUUUGCCGUCGCGCCGGCGACGGUGAUGUCACCAUCAAUUUUAGUGAAUACAUACAUGCAUUCGUCGUAUGA